CAGCAAGUUUAGAUUGUCGGGAAAUGGCUGUGUAGUCGUAAAUUGCUCACGUUGCUGCUCUUCCACUCGCGUUAGUGUUACUACCUGUGGCUGUGGACAGCUGCCAUGGACCAGAUUAAGGAUGGGUGGUUUACCGAGUCCUGCGCGAUGUGGCCGGGGCAGGCAAUGAGCCUGCAGGUGGAGGAGGUUCUAUACCACAAGAAAUCCCAAUUUCAAGAUGUUAUGGUUUUCAAGAGUAAAACCUAUGGAAACGUGUUGGUGCUGGACGGGGUGAUUCAGUGCACGGAGAGGGAUGAGUUCGCCUAUCAGGAAAUGAUUGCUAACCUUCCUCUGCGCAGCCACCCGGGCCCCAAGAAGGUGCUGAUCAUCGGUGGUGGAGACGGUGGAGUGUUGAGGGAAGUGGUGAAGCAUCCGCUGGUGGAGUCGGUGGUUCUCUGUGAGAUAGACGAGGAUGUCAUUGAGGUAUCAAAGAAGUACCUCCCGGGAAUGGCCAAAGGCUUUUUCAAUCCUAAGCUUACCCUCCAUGUUGGUGACGGCUUUGAAUUCAUGAAGAAAAACCAGGAUGCCUUUGACAUCAUAAUAACUGACUCCUCAGAUCCAGUUGGACCUGCAGAGAGUCUGUUCAAGGAGUCCUACUAUCAGCUUAUGAAAGCAGCUUUGAGAAGCGGUGGCAUUCUUUGCUCCCAGGGAGAGUGUCAAUGGCUCCAUUUAGAGCUGAUAAAGGAGAUGCAAACCUUCUGCAAGACACUUUUUCCUGUGGUGGACUACGCUUACAGUACGAUCCCAACUUAUCCCAGUGGCCAAAUUGGAUUUAUGCUCUGCAGUAAAAAUCCUGAGACAAACUUCAGGGAACCGGUGAAAGCACUCUCUAAAGAAGAAUUGGAAAAUAUGAACCUUAAAUAUUACAACCCUGACAUUCACAAAGCCUCCUUCAUCCUCCCUGAGUUUGCCAGAAAGGUUCUCAGUGAUGCAUGACCUGAAACAGGACAUCCUCCUCCUCUGCUGGGCCCUCAGAACACAUGUAAAAACAAAUAAUAACCUUGUUCCAUGACUUUCCCACAUCUUCAUCAUAAAAGUCAAUGUCACCCAAGAGAAAUCAUCUGGUGGGAACCUGCUGGAUUUACUACCCUGUCAGUGUUCCUCUCCUUCAGUCUUACAAACUCUUUGUGUUUUUUUUUUUUUACUUUGGUUAAUUUACUCCGGUUACCAAUAAGUUUUUUUUUUUAAAGCAUUUUAAUGGGCUGGACUGACUGGAAGAUCAUUGUGAUAAAAUCCUGACCUCAUUCUCCAACAGUACACUGUCUGACUCGGUAUGUUACAUAACAUGUUGAUAUAUAAUCUGUGUACGUUGGAUGCACAUCUGUUUUUCAUGUUUUUCAUAUAUUUCUUUUUCUUGUGUUCAUUUAAAAAUAUGCAGCAUCCAUAUAUCACAACUGUGCAUUCAGGCAACUCAUCACUCAGUAACACAAUAAACCUAUAGUGCCUGAUAUUAGUGCUGUGUUAUGGAAAGAAAACAUUGUAGCGUCCUACACUGAAACUGUAGGGCCAGUGUUUAGAAAAUUUAAGAUAAAUUACAACUUAAUGAUGCGUAGCUUUGAACAUCAGUUAUAAAAGCUUUCCGUUAUGCUAGAAAAGAAAGUAUGUGAUGGAGAUUUAAUGAAAGAAAUAGACACCUUUUAAAACUAAAUUCAUUGUGCAAAUUUAUCUUGCAGACUUUAGUAUUUUACUUGAUAGGUUGGCUGCUUUCAUAGUGAACCUGUAAUCCCACUGCAAGAUGCUGAUAAUCUCCAUGUGGAAAUCUUUCUGUUGAGCUGUGGAGUUGUAUAUGCGUAAUUAAUUUGUUUUUAUAAGGGUUAUGAACUGUAAUAAAUUAGUAACACAAACUUAAA